GAAAUAAGGGAAAAAAAACAAAAUGGUUGUAAUUGGAAACGUUUGAAAAGCUAAAACUCAAAUUAAAAGCUAAAACUCAUAUUUGCUUGGUAAUCACAUCCACAGCCUUCACGUUGGGAUAUCGCCUGCCAUUUGAGUGAUGACAGCACUUUCAUUGAUUACACAACACGAUCGGGCAAGAAGCUUGUCGGGAAAACAGCUUUCGGAUAAAACUGGAUUCUUAAUGUCCCUGCUAAUUUAUUGACAGUUUUGAUAUGAUCCAGGAAAAAUGCAAUAAAAAGAAUAAAUUUUCGAACAUCAAGAAAGAAAGAAUACAAAAAAUCUGUGGUUAAAUAAUAGGUGACAGAAAAGCAUCGAUAUUUAAAUACAAGUCGGCAAGAUGGACGUCAAUGGAAAUAAGACGCAGCAACCAAACGAAAGCGCAAACUCGAAAAGUAAUGGUGCAAUAGAAGUCAAACUGUUGGUUCUACAUCAGCUGGUGAAAAAGCCCAAAGUUUAUAAAGUUUGUGAUGCAAUGGACACAUACCCUCCACCGCAAUCUGUGAUGGUAGAUCCAGACGUGCGCAUAGAGAAGAUACCUGCAAGUGGUGAGUUUGACAAAACGACGACACAAGAACUGGGUAGGAGCAUUGACAGUUGGACAAGACAAGGUCACGUGGUGACCAUUAUGUUUCUUGCGAAUUUCGAUUUUGCAAAAUUUGAGAAGAGUACAGGCAUAAAACUUAACAAAAUAGUUCUGUUCUGCUUCAAAACACCGCACGUUGAUCAACCUUCGUGUACGCUUGUCGAUGUUAACUUCGAAAAGGCGAAAAUGAGAGAAAUUCGAAGCGCGAUGGGAGAUCUGAUUGCCGCAGUAAGAUCUAAAGGAAUGAACUGAUCGAUAACACACAGUAAAUUACUUGAUGGCCUAUCGAUGUAUCGUAAUCAUGUGAAAUUAUUAUAAUCAGACACAUUGAUAUUGCGUAAUUAAAAAGCAACUCACUGCAUGCACUUUAGAAACAUUUAUCCUCGACAAAAUUAGCGUUGCUCGAGUCCAAAUAAAGUGCAAAUACCCACGUGUUCAAACAUUCGUUGUGCUGAUGUAACGCAUCGAGUUUCGAGUGAAAAUUGAUUUACAAGAAAUGUCAUUUUCUAAACAACCAUGUAAUUAGUUAGUACAAUUUCUUAGAUAGACUCAGUACAAUUUCUUAAUUCAAAAGUUUGUUAAACACAAGUCUCUUCCUUGUUUACCAUUUAAGAUGUGGUUCGUAACCGAAGAUUUUUGAUCGUUGAAUAAAUUUGUCAGAUUCAAA